AUGAUUAUGGAGAAUUUGUCGAGGGUUGCAACGAUGCAACCAUCAACAUCGUGGGCAUAUAAUGUUAAUAAAUUGGUUCAGAUCGAUGGUCUUGAGUAUAAUCGGGCUGAAACAAUGGAUCAGUGCAUAAAAGUGCUUGAACAAAGCUCUUUACCAACAUUUCCGGACAGAAGUGAUGGUUCAUUAUGGUGUAAUGCAACUUUCGAUACAGUACUCUGCUGGCCAGCAGUACCAGCUAAUAGCAGUAUUACUGUUCGCUGUCCACCACUUAAGGGACUUGAUCCUGGAA